AUGGUGAUAAACAACUCUGGGGAGAUUAUCAAAACAGAAUUUCUUGUGGAAGGUCGAAAACAACCACUUAUUGAAAUCAGAGAGAGAACACUGAGAAGUCAAGAACAAUACAUGCGACAUACUUCAGAUGAAGAUUUUCAAAACAUGCCUUUGGAAAGUGUAAUCACCAGCCUAAAAGAGAUCAAUGAAUACCAUGAUGGAGGAAAUGAAGAUGAAAUGAGGGCCCGGCUUAAGAAAUUUGAAAGGACACGGCACAUCAAAAUGUGGCAUGAUCUCUCAACUGUUGCCAAUCAUAGUCACCUGGUAUUCAUGGUAUCAUGUCUGUAUGACCCAGCAAUACAUUAUACAAAUGAGGAGUAUCUUAAGAUGACCAACAUCAAAGAAGAUGUCCAAGCUAGAGUGGAAUCGCCAGAGGUGUAUAUAGUUGCCAGGUCAGGAAGUUCAGAUGCCGAACAAUUGGCCUAUGUAGACACACGACGAGAAUGCCUGGAAGACAUGGGAAGUAAAUUGACAACAAACUCUGGCACUGAUGUCACAGAUAAAAUGAGAUUCUUUCAUGGCGAUAGUCCAGCACGUGAACUUGAAUGUGGACAGCAGAAAGGUGGUAACUACUACUGUUCCGGAUGUGGUGCGUAUGCACAACAAGUUUAUGAGUUAGACUACUGUUUUCGCUGUCGAUGGAUGUCAUUGUCGGAUCGCCAACAGUUGAUGCUAAAUGGGCCCUAUGGUCGAAAAAAUUCUUUGGCAAAAGCUUACAAGCCCCUGCAGAAGUUGAAAAAACAGGAACUGAUAGCAGAAUUGAAUUCAAGGGGGAUUUUUGAAGGUGAGACAAAGUCAGAACUUGAAAAGCUUCUGCAAGAUGAAAUGCAUGGUGUCCAGCGGGUCCCUGUCUUGCUUUACAAUACACCUACCACUUCACUGGAAUCGAUUAACUGUGAGAACUAUGAGAUACUUUCCUUUGAACCUCUACACGACAUUGGCAAACACAUAGAAAAUGUCCUGACAGAACUCCCAGCCCACCUGCCAGCAGAAGAAGCCAAAGACGUAGAAGAAGUCAUCAAACUUUCAAUGGAAGGAAAAGAUACCAAGCGGACUUUUGAUUACCGGCGUGCUAUAGUCAUUCUUGCACAACAUUCCGCCAAGAUAUCAUCUCACCGUAUCCGACAACUCCUGACCUCUUUGGUAGAAAUUCAGAGGCUUGCUUACAGCUCAGAGAACGAAAGAACCCCCAAAUCAGUCCUGCGACUCCACAAUAUGACUUGGUAUCAUGGGAUUUUAUGCCAGGAAGUAUUUGGUUUUACGCUGAAGGAAAUGACAACCCGAAAGCUGUAUGGCAAUUAUUUCCAUGACAUAACAUCCCAUGCAGGCAUGCAGCUUCGCUUAAUCAGUGGAAGAUCCACCAAUGUUGAAGAGCAAGAAAGAGUGUUUAACACAAUUACUAACAUCACCAAGGCAACAUCUUCUUUUCACCCCAGUCACAUCAUUGGUAACAUCUUUGUCAGACUGCAGGCUGAGAAACAGAUGGCAGCUUUUCAGAGUUCGUGUAUCUCCAAGCAAGAAGCAACUGUUUCUAAGCUUGCAUCUUCACUUCCACCAUAUGGAAAUACAAUUAUUCCACAGGAGAUCAUAGAGAAGCACACCCGAUCUUGGCAAGCACACCUCGAGAGAGUAAGUGAUUUUCUGUUGACUGGAAAGGGAAGCUGGUGGAUGGAGCACGAGAAUGGUGACAUCGAAUUUUACGAUGGCGAGCAGCCCCCAGAUAAUCGUUCUGAAGGUCCUUCACUUCAUCACUUUCGAUCAAGUAAUUUCAAAAGCGAAGAGAAAUACCUUGAAGAAUGUUGGGAGAAAUGUUUACGGUUGGGUGUGACACUACCUAUAAAAGUGUUAAGAAUUGAAGAUGAGCAUGGAAACAUGAAUGUGGUACAGCAUUCAUCUGUGAACAGAUUAGAAAUGUAA